ACCUCAAAAAAGCUCUUUUUUUUUUUUAUAGCUUGAGAGAGAGCGAGCGGAGAGUUAUUGGUGCUCAUGGCUUCAGCUAAGAACAGUGGCAAAUUCAUCAAGUGUGUUGAUGAUGAUGACACUCACAAGGUGAAAAAUAUGGGUGAAAGCCAAGAUUGGGAGAUUGAAAAGGGAAAGGGUAACGAUUCAAGCUUUCAGAGACGCCAAUGGAAGCCAGUUUUUGAUGACGCUUCCAUGUUACAUAAUAGGCCUCUCAAGAAGCUUCGUAGCCCUGAACGUGAAAACCCAAACCAAUUAUCCUCUAUUCCUCUUCCUACAACUUCACCUCUCAAUGUGUGUCCUUCUCCUUCAUCCUCUUCAAGAAUCAUGUUUCCUUUUGCUUUUGAUUCUUCCCAACACCCCAUGCAGUUCCCAAACCAAUUUGGAACCACCAAUUUGCCUUUGUUUCGUCCACCAAUUCAGCCAUCACAAAACCAGCACCAACAGAACCAACAGAUGAUAUCUUUUGGAUCCCAACAACAAAACAUUGCAUACCCACCAACCUUAGCCCGAGAUUAUGCAUUUCUACAGCAACAACAACAACAACAACAUCACCAUCAGCUUCUUCAGUAUUGGGGUGAAGCACUGAAUCUAAGUCCAAGAGGAAAAAUGAUGUUAAUGAACAACAACAGGUUGGGACCAGAUGGUAGGCCAUUGUUUAGGCCACAAUCUCAGCCUUAUAACACUACAAAGCUCUACAGAGGAGUGAGGCAACGCCAUUGGGGAAAAUGGGUUGCUGAAAUUCGUCUACCUCGAAACAGAACUCGUCUCUGGCUAGGCACAUUUGACACAGCAGAAGAUGCUGCUAUGGCCUAUGACCGUGAGGCUUUUAAGUUGAGAGGAGAGAAUGCUAGACUCAAUUUCCCUGAGCUCUUUCUUAACAAGGAUAAACCACCUUCUUCUUCACCAGCUCCAACAACAACAACUUCUUCUGCUUCUGCUUCUGCUUCUGCUUGUUCUCCAUCUCACAGCACUACAAAACAGCCUGAACUUGUUCCUGAACCACCAACAGAAGAGUCUGCUGAGAAUGAUUCAGGAAUUGGAUCGAGUGAUGCUACUACUGUGAGUGAUGAGGUUCAUGCAGCUGCUGCAGGUUCUGAAGUAGUUGAAGGAGUUUCACAGGAAUUGGUUUGGAGUGAAAUGUCAGCAUGGUUCAAUGCUAUUCCAGCUGCUUGGGGUCCAGGUAGUCCUGUGUGGGAUGAUUUGGACACUACCAAUAACCUUCUUUUGCAGUCACACAUUCCUUUUGUCAAUUCAGAUCAACAACAAGAUACUAAUGCUUAUGAUGCUCAGAGACAAGAACAUAACAUGGAACCAGGUUCUUCCAUUAGGCCUUUCUUCUGGAAUGAUCAGGAUUGAAUUGAACUUUUUCUUCUUCAAAACAUGACAGGAUCUCUUUUUCUCUGUCUCUCUACUUUAGAUAUCCCCAGGUUGCUUCUUUUUCCUCCUGGUUGCAGAUUCACCUUUUCAAAUUCAGGCUUCUUAUGUUCUCACUGGUUGCAGAUAUUUUCACCAAAACAACCUGUGAAAACUUGGAUCCAUGAUUAUUUCUUCACCAUCUUUCCUUCAACUUCUUCUCUAAACAUUUGAAACUUUCUGCUGUAACAAGGCUCCUUAUAUUUCUGGGCCUUUCAGCAUUUCGGCUCAUACUUCCUUCAUGGGUCUUACUCUUUACCUAUGUUCCUUCAACCUUUUUCUCUUUUCUUUUUUUUUCUUUACUCUUUCUUAGUACUUU